CUUCCUCUCGAACUCCAUCAACAACAGAGUCCAAACAAACAUUUGUCCGAAUUCAAAGUAUUAUUAAACCUCUGUAACAUCGAUUCAAAUUCCUUCUCCAGACAAAACCCAUCUCGCAAAAUCCGUUUUUCAGACAUACCCAUUUCGAAAAAUCCUUUCUUUUUGUUCUGGUUCUUAGAAUCCGGCCAACCAUGAAGAGGCUCCGAGGUUUCAAGAUCGGACACAGAUUCUUCAAGAUCUUCAAAUGGAUAGUCCGGCCCAGAAGGAUCAAACCCGGGAAGCACAUUUACCAGACCCGAGUUCCCAACCCGGUCGCCGGAAUCUGUUCCUUAGCCCGCUGUCUGCGUCGCGGUGCCAAAAGACUCUGCGGCAAGAACACGAGUCCGGGUACGGAUAAGAUCCGGUUGGGGAAGGGCUCAAACUCGGCGGCGGUUGUUCCGAAGGGGCAUUUGGCGGUCUACGUGGGGGAGUCAGGAGGCGACACGCGUCGGGUGGUGGUGCCGGUUAUAUAUUUCAACCACCCAUUGUUCGGGGAAUUGCUGGAUCAAGCGGAACGGGUUUACGGGUUCGAACAACCGGGUCGGAUCACGAUCCCUUGUCGGGUCUCUGAUUUCGAGAAGGUUCAGAUGAGGAUCGCCGCGUGGGAUCACUGCCGCCGGAAGCGGAGUUGCAAGAUUCUCUGUAGUUUUUAACGUGGUGAAAUAAAUGAGUCAAGAGAAGAAGAAUAGUUUUUUUUUGGUUUGUGAAUAUUUAUUUAGUUUUGGUGUUUCUGGUGAUAUACCAUAUACCAUACAAAUCGAUCAUUGAAAGAAGUACUUUGUAUCAGUUUCUUUCAUAAAAAUCCAGAAAUUUUCUGAUUUCCAGGACUUCUUCUCCCAACUUCAAACGAUUUCAAUUAAAUAGGAAAAUGUACAUUUUUAUAAGAAGAAUAACAGAAAUUUGUAUA